AUCGUCUCUCGGGGGGGGGAGCUGUCUCUGCCGACAUUGGGGGCUUCCCCCUGCUCCCUCCACCCCCCCAUCUGGCUCACCCCCAAAAUGAAAUAGGGCCCCUUGCUCCACGCGGGGUGGGUUGGCGCUGAAUGGCCCCCCUGCUAAGAUGCUGGCCCCCCCCCUGAAGCGAAGCGGACUCUGACGUCGCCUGGAUUGGGGGGGAUCCCGCCAUGGGGGACGCGGAAGAGAGGCUGGUUUGGGGGACAAACAGAGGGGACGGACGUCAGACGCCUCCCGGGCAGCUGGGAGUCUCCCCAGGGGGGGACGAGGAUGAGGCAGGGGCGGCUGUUUCGGGAGGAGCGUGUGAGGGCGAGGAGCCCAGGACACCCCCAAAAGUGGUAGGAGAGGAGGAGGAGGAGGAGGAAGAGCUGGACCCCAGGAUACAGGAGGAGCUGGAGCAUCUCAACCAGGCUAAUGAGGAGAUCAACCGGGUGGAGCUCCAGCUGGAUGAAGCCCGCACCGCCUAUCGCCGGAUCCUCUCCGAAUCGGCGAGGAAGCUCAACGCCCAAGGUUCCCAGUUGGGCAACUGCAUCGAGAAAGCUCGACCUUACUAUGAAGCCCGGCGCCUUGCCAAGGAGGCUCAGCAGGAGACGCAGAAAGCGGCGUUGCGGUACGAGCGAGCCGUCAGCAUGCACAACGCCGCUCGCGAGAUGGUUUUCGUGGCAGAGCAGGGGGUCAUGGCCGACAAGAACCGUUUGGAUCCCACCUGGCAGGAGAUGCUCAACCAUGCUACGUGCAAAGUCAAUGAGGCGGAGGAAGAGCGGCUGCGGAGCGAGCGGGAGCACCAGCGCGUGACCCAGCUGUGUCAGCAAGCCGAGGCCAAGGUCCAAGCCCUCCAGAAGUCCCUCAAGCGCGUCAUUGUUAAGAGCAAGCCUUAUUUUGAGCUGAAAGCCCAGUUCAACCAGAUCCUCGAGGAGCACAAGGCCAAGGUGACGGCGCUGGAGCGGUUGGUGUCGCAAGCCAAGACGCGUUAUUCGGUGGCCCUGCGUAACCUGGAACAGAUCAGCGAACAGAUCCACGCUCGACGUCUCCAACGCCUCAUCGUUCGUCGAGCUUCGCCGGUGGGAGCCGAAGCCAGUCCUCAACACGCCGGUACCGAGGUGGGGGUGACAGAAGGGACACAUUUGGGGGCCGAGUGCCCCCCAGCCGACACGCUUUCGGUGCUCAGCCUUCAAACCAUCGCCUCCGACCUGCAGAAGUUCGACUCGGUCGAACAUUUAUUGGGCUUGUCGGACGCUACCAGCCUCAACAGCGACGAGCUGGAGGAACGAGAGCAACGCCGGGGCGGGCAGGGUCACUUCAAACAUCACCGAAGCAUCAGCCUUUAGCCUCCGCCACCCCGAGCCUGCCCCCUCCCGUGGCUUCUCCCCUCCCUGGGGAACCCCAAAAAGACGGAGCGGGGUCGGUGCGUGCCGCCGUUAUCUCCCGCAGAGGCUGCAGGGGGGAGGACGGAGCUGAUGGGGUGACGCUUGGAAGCCCCUUGUUGACAAAGGUGACGCCGUCGGGGGCCAAAAUCUGGGGGGUUGUUGGUGUUCACCCCUCUGAAUUUGGUGGAUGAAGUGUGGGCGGGGCGGCGGGAGCCAUGUCCCAUGGGGCUGUGUGUGGCCGGCAUUGGGAUACUGAGUUAAGCUGCCUGUUGGGUGUUGACAGCGAGCAGCUGGGUGGGCAAGGCUGCUAACGAAGCUGCUAACAAAGCUGCUCAGUUGCGGCCCCUCCUCGAUGCAGGAGCUGCACCCCUAAAACACUUGGGGGGGGUGCCGUACCGGGAACCCUGCCCACUGGGAUUGGGGCGGGUGGGACACACAACAUCGCCUUACCUGUCCCUCCUCCUUUCACCCCAGCUCCGCCCCCCCCCCCCCCCCCCCAAAUUUCAGACUCUUAUUUGGGGUUAUUUUCCCCAUUUUCCAGCAAAAGGUGAGGCAGAAGCCAAAUUGCACUAACAAGACGGGGGGGCCCCACAGCUGUUUCGGGGUACUGUGGAGGGGGGGGGCUGUGGCCGUGCCAGGGCUGUGAUGAGAACUGCACCAGUUCGAGGCAGCCCCGGGGGUCGGUUGGAGUGUAUUUUCCGGCAAGUAAAAUUUAUCCCUCUCCUC